GGCGGGCGCCUGCGCGGCCCCGGGGUCGUGCGCCGCCGCGGGCGGCGGCACGGAAGCGGGCCGCGGGUGCGAGUUCGACGGGCCCGAGGACCUCUUCGACUGGGUGCGGUCUCGGGGCGGGCUCGUGGACCAGCGCCUCUUCGUGCACGAGGGGGCGGCAGGCCGCGGCGUCUUCGCCAGGGAGGCCAGCAGGGGAGGCCAAGACGUGCCCCAGAGCAGACGCGCCCUGGAACGGCGGCCUCCGGGCCCACCUCGGGGCGCCCGACGGCUGCGUUUUCUGGCCAUCGGCAGCGGCGAGACCAUCGUCUCGGUGCCGUUCGAGCUGAUGAUCCUCGAGAGGGACCACCCCUGCGACACCGUGCGGGUGCUCUCGGAGGAGCUGCGGAAGGGGAGGUGCUCUACGUACUGGCCCUACUUGAGGUUCGUCAAACGUCGAUGUCGACAUCCCCGACGCCUGGAGCCUGGAGGAGCUCGCCCUGCUGGACGGGCUCCCGCCCGGCGUCUGGCGGAGCCACACCACGAGGCUGACCGACCAGUGCGGGGAGCUCGGGCUCUCGGACGCGUUCGUUGAUGGGCCCACGUUCCACCACCGCUACCAUAGGUAGGAGAGGG